GGGAAGAACGGUUCAAGUAGAAGCAAGCAUUUCUCAUCUGCAAGUUUAACAAAAAAACGACUACGAAACAAUGGCCGAAACAACCGACUUUGACUACUAUGAGGCUUUAAACAUUAAGCCAGACGCCAACGAAGAGGCCAUCCGUCAGGCGUACAUUAAGGAAUCGCUCAAAUGGCAUCCCGACCGUAACCCUGCUCCUGAAGCCACAUCAAAGUUUCAGCAAAUCGCGCAGGCAUACUUUGUCCUCAGCGACAAGGAUCGUCGCAGUGCUUAUGACAGGGCUCGCCGUGAACACAAGCGGUUCGGCAUGGACGAGAAUGUGGACGCUUCGUCCAUUUUCGGAAACGUCUUUGACGAACUCCUUGUCCCCGAAGUUCCCAAUCCCAUUUGGUUCUGGGAGCCUGUUGGUGGAAUAGCUGGUUUUAUGAUGGGUUUCAUCGUCUUCAAUAUUCCCGGUGCAAUCUUUGGUGCUUACACAGGGAAGAAAUUGGGAAAAGUUCGUGACAUGAAAGGUGUGUCCGUGUACGAGGCUUUUGCCAAGCUCGGCAAGGACCGAAAGGCGGAAAUUCUCUCCCACCUUGCGCAAAAGAUGUUCAGCAAGGGCUUGUGAGAGAUGUCAUUGGGUGGGUUAUUCCUCAUGGUUUUAGUAAUAGAUGAAAGACCUCAUGGCACCUUGAAGAUGUGGGAAAAAAACUUGUGGGUAAUAGCAGUGGGGCGUUUAAUGGGUAUAUAUGGUUAGUCGACAUUUUCAUAGUGGGCUUUUGUCGCAAGUAGACAGAAUCACAAGUUGGCGUAUGUGUGUCCGCGGUUUAAGAACAUAUUAUAAAAAUGAAAAUGAAAUACAAUCUUUCACGG